UAUUACAAAAGGAUGAGAUUUGUCAGAUAUGUCUGUAUCUGAUAAGAUUAGAUUUUUUCACAAAUAGUGAUUGGUUUUAUGAUCCCACUUGUUGGCAUUAUCCUUAGGAUCAAGAAAGAUACUGGAGCAGAGGCAUGCAUUACAGUGAAUAUGUUAACUGCAUUAACUUAUACUAAAGAGACAUGCUUGAUAUUGGACCCCCACCCCCACCCGCUCGCUUUGUUGUCAAGAAAUUACAAGAAAAAUGAGAUAAAGGAAAUUGCAGCAAACAGCCCUAAAUCAAAUUGCUGAUCCUCAGUUUUCAUUUACAUCCUUAUCGCACCUAUAAAUGUUUUCAAAGUUGGUGUCUCGGGUUUGGGUGCUCUCUGUUUAUGCUAUUAGACUAGCAAUUGAAAUACAAUAUUUGUAACUGUGAGCUUAGUCAUUUGUUGCAUUUGGUGUUGUUGUUUUUUUUUUUUUCUGGUUUAAUCUUUUAUUCUUGUUCUUAUUCUUAUAAGACUACAUUCAUGUUAUGAAGAGCUACAGGGUUUAGGGGCCUACAUUUCAUUCACAAACCAACUAACUUGUACAUGAUUAUUUGCAUUACACAGUCAUAUUUUAUAGUGUCAUUUUAGUCCCAAGUAAAAUCUGUAUCUAUAGCCUAAGUGUCACACGUGUCCAACAUUAUUAUUGAUGUUGUGGUCAGUGUGUGGUAUGGUAUGUGGUACAGUGUGUGCAUUGAUUGGGUAUGAUGCCAUCCUAGGGUGUGGGUCUGGUUUCAGUUAUGUUAGGCGGUUUCUUGUUUCUCUUGUCAUGGCUGUCGGAGUGUGUGUGUGUGUUUGUGAGAGGGAGAGAGAAUGAGUGUGCAUAUGCAUGUACAUGUGUGUGGAUGUGAGUGUGUGAGAUAGUGAGUUUGUUUAAAGGCUUAGUUUAGGGUUGUUGGAGAUAGUCAGUUUUUACAUUGGUGUUUUCUUUUUGCAUAUUUUUGAGGAAUUCUUGUGGAGUGGUUAUCUUAUAAAUAUCUUUGAGGUAUCUAAAGCAUAAGUUUGUAAUUGUUAUUAUUAUUAAUGUAGUUAUCAUUGUUCUGGUAAUAUUAACAUUAUCAGUGUUGUUAUUAUAACAGGAGAAAUAUUUCAGAAUUGACUUUGCUUUGGUUAAAACUACAGUGGUAGCCUGAAGUCUUGUAUAAUGUUCUUUUAACAUCAUGGGGAAAGAAAAUAGCUACACACAUAUAUAGACACAUGUGUUGGUAAAUAUAUUGAGAGAGAGAUAUCGGAUAGUGAUUAUAUUUGUUAUAUCUUUAUCAGCCAAUAGUAAAAGUAAAAAAUGCAACUAGGAAUUUUAUUUCAUUAACUUCAUUUUUAAUCAGAGUAUAAAUGCCAGACAUUAAGUGUAUUUAUAUAUGCAUGUAGCACAAAAAAGAACCAUAGGGGAGUGAACACAAGAGAAAACAUGAAGGUGUCUGUGUGCAGGUGUCUCACUCUCGCCACACUGCCACUUCCAUCUGCACACCUGUGGAAUUGGGGGAACACAGGUGUUCAGCCACAGAGCAGUUCUUGCAGUGACUCAGUUUUGAGGAUUUGAGUUCUAUGUUUGUUAUUGGGAUAUUUAUUUCAUCAUCAUUAAGUUUAAUGGUCUUGUUAUGGCUACUCUUGGUUUGUGUUUCUUAGGACAUUUUUUUGAAGGUCAAAGAGUAACUUGGAAUUUGUUUUAUAUGUGUGAGGUUUUAUUCAAUUCUUUUUUUUUCUUUUUCUUUUUUUUUCUUUCUUUCUUUCUUUGUUUCCACCUUUCCUCAUCUGUUGUGAAUAUAACUAUAUUUCCACAAUAAGGAUGAUUUUCAGAAGUCAUUUUACUCAUUAUUUUCACUUUAGUCAUGCAAGGCCUGGAGUGAGUUAAAGAAGCGGAAAAAACAUACAAUAAUAGAAGGAGAAAUGAGACAUUGAUGGCUCUUGGCAUCUGAAAGGGUGUUGUUGCCAGCAGCACACCUUGGAUAUGUGCAGGUAUUACAGCAGUAGUCAAAGCUCCCUUCUUUUCUAGUGACAAGCGGAUAUUGUGCCUCCCUUUUCUGCAUCAGUUGCAAUAAGCCUCGGACGAAGGUUCACGUGGGAGUAUUUAAAGCCAAUGUAGCUCAAGAGACGUAACUUUUGACCCUUUUUUGUAGUUUAGUCGUACCUGUUACCCCCUUGCCCGCACAAUGUCUCGUAACGACAAAUCAAAGACCGGGAGCUUCGUAAGUAAGCUGGACAAGGUGCUCCUGGGAAGUUCAAAGAAAAAAACCAUUGGGAAAGAGAGAGGCACUCACAUCCCAAGACCCAACUCUGAUCUCGAUCUCAAUGAAAUAGAGGAAGAUCAGUACAACCUCGACAACCUCAGCGAUGAACAGGUUAAAGCCAAGUUCCAGCAGAUGAUGACUGACAUGAACAUCCCGGAAGAGAGCAUGAUGCUAACCAACACAUCUGUUGAUAAAAUGAGGCUCAUGUUGGCCAGUAACCACAAGGUGAUGGCUCAGACACAGCACAGGCUGGAGGCUCCGCAGGACUACAUCGAGUACCUGAAGCGUGACGACCUCAGCGUCAAAUCCAUCUUCAAGAACCUGGAGAGUCUGCAGGUGGCACUGCGGAGCAACAAGAUCCAGUGGGUGCAAGAAUUUGCACAAAAGGGCCUCAAGGGCCUACUGUCCAUCCUGAAUGAGUGCUACAGGAGUGGGCAAGAAGGUGGCAAUAAUAACCGUCAGUGGGACAAUGUGCAGUAUGAAGCCAUCAAGUGCCUCAAGGUCAUCUGCAACAACAUUGUGGGCAUCAAAGAGUUCUUCAAACAAGCAGAAGGCUUCACCCUCCUGGCACAAUCCCUCAACCCCUCUAAACCCAAUAUCAUGCUUGAGGUCUUGCGACUCCUCUGCUCUUUCUGCCUCCCCAUCUGGCAGCAAGAUGGGCUGGAUGGGCACAGAGAGGUCUUGGAUGCCAUCACUAUUGUGGGGGAGCUCAAGAAGCAGGAAAGGUUUACACCAAUCAUCAUGGGGCUGGGCAUGCAAGGCAACGACCCCUUAAGGCUCAGCUGCCUCUCGCUCAUCAAUGCCAUCAUCAACUUCGUGCCUGAUGAUAAUCUUGACUUUCGGAUGCACUUGCGAAAUGAGUUCAUGAGGAUGGGCCUGCAGGACCUCUUAGAGAUUCUAAAGAGCAGUGAGCACAUUGACAUGAAGACACAGCUUGAGGUGUUUAACAGCUCAAAGAAGGAGGACUUUGAGGACUGGCAAGACCGCUUCUUCACACAUGUGGAUGAGAUGGAGGAUUUAGGUCGCUGCUUUGAGAUUGUCAGGCAGCAAGUACAAGACUCCAACUGCGAGAUGCCUUUCCUGUCCAUCUUGCAGCACCUUGCCUUUAUCAGGGAUGAUGAAAAUGUCAGACAAGCCUACUUUAAGUUAAUAGAGGAGUGCAUUUCACAGAUUGUCCUACACCGAAGUGGGUGUGACCCCGAUUUCCGAGCCACAAAGAGAUUUGAGAUAAAAGUAGAUACCCUUCUUGACCAGUUCAAGGAAGAGACACGUAACAAAAAUGAAAAGCUAGCAUCAGAGUACCAGAUACAGUUAGAAGAAGCUCUUACCAAAAAUCAGAAGCUAGAGGCUGAGCUGUCACUGGUCAAGAGUCGCUAUGAAGAGGCCCUGAAACAUGGUGGAGAUCCAGGUAAAAAGGGUGGAUUACCAAAUGUACCUGGUUUAGAGCAGAUGGUAGGUGGUGGACCUCCUCCACCUCCCAUGCCUGGAGGUGGUCCUCCACCACCUCCACCUCCACCUGGGAUGGGAGGACCACCUCCACCACCACCACCUCCAGGUAUGGGUGGUCCUCCACCACCUCCACCUCUACCUGGAAUGGGAGGACCACCUCCUCCACCACCACUUCCAGGUAUGGGUGGUCCUCCCCCUCCUCCUCCACCACCAGGUGGUCCCCCAGGUCCCCCUCCUCCUCCUGGAAUGGGUCCACCUCCACCUCCAGGCAUGCCUGCAAUGAGGCCGCCAGUGGAGAGCCUGCCAUACGGCAUGACACUAAGGAAGACAAUAAAGCCUCCUGCUCAAACAAAACGGCUUCAGUGGAACAAAGUGAUACCAAACAAGAUGAGCGAGAACAGUUUAUGGGUUCGUCUAAACAAGAAGGACAUCAAGGUCAAGCAGGACGUGUUGAAGGACCUCAGCGAAAGGUUUGCAGUGAAGCAAGUGAAAAAGAAGAAUGUGGAGCAAGUGGAGAAGGCCACAAAGAAGGACAAGGAGUUGCGGGUGCUGGACCAAAAGACCAACCAGAACCUGUCCAUUGCCCUCCGAGGUCAGUUCAAGCACAUGAGUCUGGACGAUAUUCGGCUGGCCAUCCUCCAAUGCGACGAAUCUAUCCUCUGCGUGGACUCCACUGGUGUGCCAGACUCAUCUACACUGCAAACACUGAUCAUGGCCAUGCCAGAUCACGAGAUCAUCAAGAAGCUCACGUCACUGGAGGACCCGGAAGAAGACCUUGCCGAGGGUGAACGUUUCAUCCACAGAAUAGGCAAAAUCAAGAAGCUAAUUCCACUCCUCAAGAACAUGGCCUUCAAGACAGAUUAUCCAUCAUUAGUCAAAGAAACCCGGCUGGAUAUUGUGAACACCAAAGCUGCCCUGGAUGAGCUUAUUAACUCCAAGAAGUUUGAGAAGGUGUUGUCAUACAUCCUGGAGUUUGGUAAUGUUCUAAAUGCGGGCUCCAGGAAUGCUGACACCCUAGGGUUCGACAUCAGUUUCUUGCCCAAGUUGUCAAACACAAAGAAUGCAGAUGGCCACACUUUACUGCAUUACCUGGCAGAGACAUUGAUGAAGGAGGAACCUGACAGUGCAGACUUUGAAGAUGGCCUCUUGCAUUUCUCUGAUGCAGAAAGAGUCAACGUAGAGGCAGUGAAGGCCAAUAUCGCAAAGAUGAAGAAGGAGAUCAAGAACAUUGGCAAUGAUCUGCAAAGGCACACCAAACAAGAUCCAGAAGACAAGUUUAAAGAGAAGUUUGAGGAGUUUCACCAGACAGCUGAAGAGGAUGUGUCUCUUUUGGAGACGGAAUUCGCCAUGAUGCAGAAGAGGUUCGUGCAGGUAUCGGACCUCUUCACCUUUGAGGUCAACAAGUACUCGCAAGAGGACUUCUUCAGGGACAUCAACGAGUUUAUUGCUUUAUAUAAACACGCCAAAGAACAAAUUGUCAAAGAGGAGGAGAAGCGACAGAGGGACCGCGAGGCCAAGGAACGUGCAGAACGGGAGAAGGUGGAGCGUGCAGAGAGAGACAACCGGCAACGAGCGCUACACGACGUCACGAACGACCAGAGCAAUACAGAGGUUGUGGAUCAGCUGAUGCAGCUCAUCAACACGGGCCAGGCCUUUGAUGUCAUGGGAGCUGGACGUAGGAGGCGGCCAGGCAAAACAACAGCCGAGAGAAGGGCCCAGCUGAAUCGGAGCCGGUCGCGUUCCGGUUUGGCCGCACAGUCGCCAACUAGCAACAGAGAAAUUAAACUGACGGACACCAUCGAUGUGGAUGUGGAAAACCAGCCAGCUCGGUCAUCCCGGCCUCGCACGCGGCGGCCAGGACUCCCAACGGGCCUGGAGUCACGCGACAGGAGCUUCAACCAACAGCAGAAUGCCGUGAAUGGGGAUUCCUCCGAUGCUUUGCUGCAGAGACUCCGGGAAUUGUAAAAAGAGAAGAGGAAGUAGAGUCCUGCAAGAGACAAUGAGUGCGAUGUGUCUCUGCAUUUAUAUCUGUUGAUAUUAUUCAUCAUAAUCAUAAUUUCUUUAUUCUUAUUCUUAUCAUUAUUAUUAUUAUUAUUAU